AUGUUGUGUCAUCUCAUCCACACAGUCACCCAACGGCUGUGGACUUGUGCAAAUGUUGACAGAAGCUGUACAGAGAACCGGUUUAAGGGAAAAGCGCCAGAGGGAAUAUUGGGAAGGAUUCUACCGAAGCCACAUCAGAGAACAUUCUCAGUAAGAAGUUAGAACUUCAUUUUGCAGACAUACCAAAAAUCUCAAGGUCAACCGAGCGGAGGGAGCGAACGAGCGUCACGUGAAAGUGUGGUCAGUUUUGCUACAGAGAAAUGGACGGUACCAAGACGAAGAUGAUGAAGAAGAAGGAGGAGGAGGAGGAGGAGGAGGAGGAGGUUCACCUGCGGAGGGAGAUCGGCCUGCUGUCGGGCAUGUCCUUCAUCAUCGGGACGGUGGUGGGCAGCGGCAUCUUCAUCGCGCCCAAGGGGGUCCUGCUCAACAGCGGGAGCGUGGGGCUCUCCCUGCUGGUGUGGGCACUGUGCGGCGUCCUCUCGUUGUUUGGGGCGUUGUGCUUCGCCGAGCUGGGCACCACUUUCACCAAAUCAGGGGGCCAAUACAUUUACCUGCUGGAGACGCUGGGGCCGCUGCCGGCCUUCGUGCGCCUCUGGGCGGACUUCUUCUUCAUCCGGCCGGCCGUGAGUUCCUACGUGUCCCUGGCGUUCGCCCGCUACGUGGUGGAUCCGUUCUUCACACCGUGCGAUCCUCCCGCGGCGCUGCUCCAAGUCGUCAGCAUCCUCGGAGUGACGUUCGUCACUGCGGUCAACUGCUGGAGUGUGACCCUGGCCUCCCGCACUCAGGUCACCUUGACCUUCGUUAAGAUGUUCGCGCUGGUCCUCAUCAUCGUGCCUGGUCUGAUUGCAUUGGCCGACGGGAAAACAGAAAACUUCCAGAAGGGGUUCGAGGUCGACGCGUUGACACUGGAUCGGUUGCCGCUGGCCUUCUACAACGGUCUAUACGCCUACGGUGGAUGGUUUUAUCUGAACUGUGUCACAGAAGAGGUCAUAAACCCAAACAGAAACAUCCCGCUGGCAAUAAUCUUCUCCAUGGUAACAGUGACGGUCCUGUACGUGCUGGUCAACGUGGCCUACUACACCAUGAUGAUGCCUGCCGAGCUGCUGCUGUCCGAGGCCGUGGCUGUGACGUUUGCCAACCGAGCCUUUCAAGCGAUCGCCCCGGUGAUCCCCGUUCUCGUGGCCCUGUCGUGCCUCGGAGCACUCAACGGCGGCAUCUUUGGAUCACCCAGGAUGCUGUUCGUGGGAGGCAGGGAGGGCCACUGGCCGCGGAUCUUCUCCAUGAUUCACAUCCGCAGACGGACGCCUCUGCCUGCUGUGAUGUUGCAGUACCCCUUGGUGGUGGUGAUGCUGCUCAGAGGCGAGAUCUACAAACUCGUCAACUUCGCCUCCUUCUCCCGCUGGUUCUUCAUCGCCUUGGCGACCCUGGGGAUGCUCAUCCACCGCUAUCGCUUCCCACUCCACCCAAGACCUUUCAAGGUGCCCGUGGCCGUCGCGGUCACCGUCACGGUGGUCUGUUUCUUCAUCGUGGGUCUGUCUCUGUAUUCAGACCCCUGGAGCACAGGGUGCAGCUGCGCCCUCAGCCUGUCCGGAGUCCCAGUUUACUAUGUGACCGUCUACCGCUUCCUUCUGCCCAAGAGAUUCAGACGCAUAUUCAACUACUUCAGCGAGCAGCUGCAGAUCCUCCUGGAGGUGGCUCAACAGGAAGUCCAGACAUACUGAGGGCCGCACACACGCGUCCUGAGUACCACCUUAACCAGGUCACCAGGCGGGGUUAUCGUUCUCACCCCGGUCUGUGUGCAGACGGAACAAUUCGACAACGCACUUGGCGGAUUUCAACCGAACUUAGUAGGGAUGUUACUUUGGAGGGUAUCUACAGGUCAUUACAUUUUGGAGCUGAUCGGUCAAAGGUCAAGUGCUACAAAAAUAUGGUCUGAAAAACACAUUUAAUAAGACCAGAGAGACGAUGUUAAGCUUAUACUGAUCAUAAAAUGAUUCCCCAUCGAACUGAUAUCAUAUUGACAUAUGACAAUAGUGCGUGUAGUAAGUUUUGCAACCUAUAACAUUAGAGACACAAUCAACAACUUUAGAAUAACCAAUAAUUUGUCAUUAUUACAAUAAAAAAAAAGAUCAUUACCUGAUUAGGGUAGAUACAGCACACAUGAUGUCGGGGUACAGUGAAUGCAUCGCCCGUCCAGCGCUUUUCCUUUUUUUAGUGUAGGGUGCUGGAAACAGGCGGAGAAUCCCACUUCUAUUAAAAGUUGCACCUCGACUAUUUACAGCGUUGAAAUGUGAGCUGAUCACUACUGUACUCACGUGUCAUCACCAUGACUGAAUAAAAAAAAGCGCCCGAUGCAGAAUGAGGCACCGACACCAGGUUUUAUUUUUUUAAACAGUCAUACAAACACAAGGCACAUGCUGUGGAAGCUGUCUGCUACAGAGACGAGUCCUGCAACUGUAAACAGAUCAAGUUACUGCGACGUAUUAAAACUCUCCCAUAUAAAAACA